AUCACCACUUCAAUUGAAUCUAUUUUUGCAGGGCCCGUUCAUCCGAUCAAGAGGAUAAAGAGCGAGCCAUUCCCGGUGACGAAUGUGCCUCAACCGGUGAUGUCACCGUUCCCACCUCCACCGGGUUCCGCUCCCAUGGGAACCGCGCCGCCGUCAAUGAUGAGCCCUUUUGCUGCUAGUCAAAGCCCGUCUAAGGCGGUUUCCUCUCCGGCUGGCGCCCGUUUUGCUGGUGGUCCCGGCACACCUUCUACGCCGCAUGCUGCGCAGAAUCCUGCGUCCGUUGGCACGGCGCCAACUGCCGUCUCACAAUCGGAGCCGCUUCACAGCACCAGCCCGCAUCAAACGCAGAUUCAACAACAUGGCAGCGUCGAAGCGCCAUCAUUAACUGGUACGUAA